AUGUUUAAUAUUAUAAAUGUAUUUGAUUUUAUUCUAAUGUUAUUUUUAUCGCAUUUGUUUUCAAUAUUUGUUACACAUUCCAUGGCAUUAAGUCCAUUUCAAAGAAUUACUAAUUCUUUAAAUACAUUACCAAAUUUCAUUACAACAUCUUUCAAUUCAACAUUACGUAAUUCAUUACGUAACUCAAUACACAAUUCAUUACAUAACUCAUGUAAUUCAGUUAAUUUAAAAAUUGGAAAAAAUUAUAGUUUUAUAAAUUCAAAUUCUAGAAUAAAGAAAAGUAGUUUGAAUAACUAUGCCAAUUAUGAUAAUGUUACUACUUUAACAGCUCCAUAUCAAGUUGGUUAUAAUAACCCUAAUUUAACUCCUAAUUAUACAACUGUUCCUAAUUAUACUUAUACUAAUUAUAAUACACCUAAUAAUACUGGAUAUGGUUAUAAUGAUAAUGGACUUGGUAAUAGUACAGGACUAGGUAAUGGUUAUGGUACUGACUAUGGAAAUGGUAAUAGUUAUCGAAGUGGAUAUGGAAAUAGAUAUGGAUAUGGACAGAAUCGUGGAUUAAGUAAUAAUUAUAAUACUUAUACAAAGAGACAAACAAAUUAUUUUGGACCUCGACAAUAUUAUCGUUAUAAUACUUAUCGACAAACAAACAGAAGAUUUAAUAAUAGUAGAGGAUAUGAUAUACCAGUAAGUUUAAUAGAUUGGGAAAAGGAAGAAUUGGUUGAAAUAAAGAAGGAUUUUUAUGAUUUGAGUUAUGAAGCGGAUAGUAGACCUGGUGAAGAGAUUGAGAAGAUUUUAAAAUCACAUGAUAUUAUUAUUGAAGGUGAACAUCCACUUCCUAAACCUGUUACUACUUUUGAUGAGGCUGUUUUCAAUGAACCUAUUCAAAAAAUUAUUAAAGAAUCCAAAUUUACUGAACCAACACCAAUACAAAAAGUUGGUAGAGAUAUAAUUGGUGUAUCACAAACUGGAAGUGGCAAGACAUUAACAUUUUUACUUCCUGGUCUAUUACAUUUGUUGGCACAGCCACCAGUUGGUAAAGGAGGUCCAAUAAUGCUUGUUUUAUCCCCGACUAGAGAACUGUGUGUACAAAUUGCUGAGGAGGCCAAACCUUAUUCUAGGCUUCUUAAUUUACGUUUAAUACCGAUUUAUGGAGGAACACCAAAGCUUUCACAGGUGCGAGAGAUACAAAAUGGAGCUGAAAUUAUUGUCGCAACACCUGGAAGGUUACUUGAGUAUCUCAGUACUGGAGCUAUUAAAUUAAACCGUGUCAGUUACUUUGUAAUGGAUGAGGCAGAUAGAAUGUUAGAUAUGGGAUUUGAACCACAGAUUCGGAAAAUAAUGGGACAAAUCAGACCAGAUAGACAAACAUUAAUGUUCUCUGCUACAUGGCCUUCUGAAAUUAAAAGAUUAGCUUCAGAAUUUUAUUUGGAAUUAACAGCGAACCCGAAUAUAAAGCAAAAUUUUGAGUUUCCAAAUUCAUAUGAAGUAAAGGAUAAUUUAUUUGACUUUUUGGGUUCAUUGGCACCUGAAAAGAAGGUGUUGAUCUUUUCUGAUCUCAAGUCUUUUGCGGACCAACUCACCAGUGCAUUGAGGUACCGUAGAUUUAGAGCAUAUUCACUUCAUGGUAAUAAGACUCAAAAUCAACGUGAACGUAUUCUCAAUAUGUACCGCUCAGGAGAGUUCAAUAUUCUUGUCGCUACUGACGUUGCUGCCAGAGGACUUGAUAUUAAAGAUAUUGAUUAUGUUAUUAAUUUAGAUGUUCCUAAAUCAUUAUUAGAUUAUAUUCAUAGAAUUGGAAGAACUGGUAGAGGAAAUAAUAAAGGAGAAUCUCUAUUAUAUUUCCCAAUUGAUACUUUGAGUCCAUCAAAAGUAAAAUUCGCACAGGACUUGUCCAAUCUACUAACAAAAGUUAAUCAAACCGUUCCAUCACAAUUAACGCAAAUAGCAAAUAAUAAUUUAUAA